AUGGGAUCCGACGAGAAGCCCCCUUCCACCUACCGGUACAACGAGAAGCCGACUUACACCACCUCCAAUGGCGCGCCGGUCCAGAACCCCCAGCAUUGGCAGCGUCCCGGUCCCAACGGACCUCUCCUGCUCCAGGACUUCCACCUGAUCGACCUGCUUGCUCACUUUGACCGCGAGCGCAUUCCCGAGCGUGUCGUGCACGCCAAGGGUGCCGGUGCUUAUGGCGAGUUCGAGGUCACUCACGACAUCAGCGACAUCACCUCGAUCAACAUGCUCAACCAGGUCGGCAAGAAGACCAAGGCCGUCGUCCGUUUCUCUACCGUCGGUGGAGAGAAGGGUUCCGCCGACUCUGCGCGCGAUCCCCGCGGUUUCGCCAUCAAGUUCUACACCGAGGAGGGCAACUGGGACUGGGUCUACAACAACACUCCCAUCUUCUUCCUCCGCGACCCGAGUCUUUUCCCGGUUUUCAUUCACACCCAGAAGCGCCACCCGCAAACUAACCUGAAGGAUGCCACCAUGUUCGAUUAUUGGUCCUCCCAUGCGGAAUGCGUCCAUCAAUUGAUGCAUUUGUUCUCUGAUCGUGGAACUCCUUACUCUUACAGACACAUGAACGGUUAUUCCGGCCACACGCACAAGUGGACCAAGCCCGAUGGCUCUUUCGUUUACGUCCAGAUUCACUUGAAGACCGACCAAGGAAACAAGACUUUCACCAACGAGGAGGCUGGCAAGAUGGCGUCCGAGAAUCCCGACUGGCACACCCAGGACCUCUUUGAGUCCAUCCAGAAGGGCGACCACCCUAGCUGGACAGUCUACGUCCAGACUCUUACCCCCGAACAGGCCGAGAAGUUCAAGUGGAACGUCUUUGACCUGACAAAGGUCUGGCCUCAGAGCGAGGUUCCUUUGAGGCCCUUCGGCAAGCUCACCCUCAACAAGAACCCUGAGAACUACUUCGCCGAGAUUGAGCAGGUCGCCUUCUCUCCCUCUCACCUGGUUCCCGGUGUUGAGCCCUCAGCCGACCCCGUCCUUCAGGGCCGUCUCUUCUCUUACCCCGAUACCCAUCGUCACCGUCUUGGUGUCAACUACCAACAGAUUCCCGUCAACCAGCCCCUGAACUCCUUCAACCCCUUCCAGAGAGACGGUGCCAUGGCUGUCAACGGCAACUACGGUGCUAACCCCAACUACCCCUCCACUUUCCGCCCUCUCAACUACGCACCCGUCAAGGCCGCCAGCCCUCACGAGCAGUGGGCCGGCAAGGUCGUCGAGGAUCUCUUCGGCCCCAUCACCGACCAGGACUACGAGCAGGCCAACGGUCUCUGGAAUGUCCUCGGCCGCACACCCGGCCAGCAGGAGAACUUUGUCAAGAACAUCUCUGGCGCUCUUGCUGGCGCCAUCCCCGAGGUCCGCUCGCGCACCUACGAGAUGUUCUCCAAGGUCAACCCGACGCUCGGUGGUGCUAUCAUGAAGGCGACUGAGAAGAUUGCUGCUCCCGAGGAGCCCCGCGCCAAGUUGUAA